AAUUUUAUAGUCCAAUUACAAGAGAGAGGAUUAUGAAAAUUAUCCAUCUAGGUUACACGUGUCUCCACUCAAGUGGAACUCCAAAUCUCUAGAAAUAUAUCCACUUUCCAACGUGUCAUGUUGGAAUCCAUGCAAAAAAAAGACUGAACAAAACCAAACGUGUUCGCAAUCAGAUCAUUUAUUAAACCAAAUUAGAAACCAUAAAUUUAUUUCUUCCUAGUCUGGACAGAGCCCAAUAAUGGCGUCUAUGGCAACUCUUACUGUAGUGAAGCCCACCACAAGUGUCAAGGGCCUAGCUGGAAGCUCCAUUACUGGAACUAAACUUCAUGUUAAAUCAUCUCGCCUCAAUUUGAAGCCCUCUAAAUCCAGGGCUGGUGCUGUGGUUGCAAAAUAUGGUGACAAGAGUGUAUACUUUGACCUGGAGGAUUUGGGCAACACCACUGGUCAGUGGGACUUGUAUGGAUCAGAUGCACCUUCACCCUACAACUCUCUUCAGAGCAAAUUCUUUGAGACUUUUGCUGCUCCUUUCACAAAAAGAGGUCUGUUGCUCAAGUUCUUGAUAUUGGGAGGUGGCUCAACUCUUGCUUACUUCAGUUCAACUGCAUCAGGAGAUAUCCUACCAAUCAAGAAAGGACCCCAACUUCCACCAAAGCUCGGUCCACGUGGCAAGAUCUAAUUUAUUUCUAAUCCAAAUUUCUUGACCUUCAUUCUGUAAUUGAUGUAUGAUCUGUCACAGCUUGUAAGUGUAAAUUGAAGCCUACCUCAGACCUUUGUUACAACAAGUUAAAUCUUCUGGCAAAUUCGAAACAUUGCUUUCUGACUUUGCAGCCUAUAAUAUUUUAUCAUCUUUGCUAGGGUGUAA